GCUGCUCGCGAGAGGACGUCUCCUCUGCUUAUCCUUAACCUCAAACCUCUUUUCGCAGAGAGCGCAAAUCCUGCAAAGAGCGUCGUUUUUAAGCCGCGAUCAGAAACAACAACUAAAGCAGAGAAAAAAAAGGGACUACACAAUUUUUAACAGUUCUUUUCGCAAAGCAACGAAGGAAAGGAAUUAAAAUAAAGUGAAAUAUAAUAUAUUUUAAUUUUGUGUGUGCGUGUGUGCGGUUUACCGUUAAUUUUCGUUAUAUGUAUUUUUUUUUUUGCGAUUUUUGUUUAUGUGCCAAACUAGUUUCGAGUUAAUUCAAUUUACUUUCGGCGUUGUCAACCGAUCGCCGUCGCUGAAAAACGUUUUGGAGGACUAAUUAAAAAAAAAAGGAGAGAAAAACUGCAGAUUUUUAGUGACUAGAAAAGAUGGAAAAUUGUGAUGGCUAACCAAAAUACUCAAACCGGUUUUUAUAUAAAUUUUAAUCAAAUCAAAAAGCAAACAAAAAAUACAAAUAAAUUAUAGAAAACUUUAAAGUAGAUUCUAUUGUGAUGGCUACUUUAAAAUUAUAACAAUAAAAUACUUGAAAAUUGUGAUGAAAACUCUAAAAAAAGAAAAUCUCAAAAUCAAAUCAGAUGAAAAGUUCUCCUUAAACUGCACUUUCAGCACAAUUACUUAGCAUACAAGCACGAAACUAAAACAUAUUUUAACAAGUAGAGAUAUUAAACUACUAAUCAAAAUACCACAAAUGUGUACAACAAAAGCCACAAAAGUUGAAAUCGAAAAAAAAGCUGUGCAACCGGAAUGCCGCAGAAAUUAAAGUGCCACAGAAAAAUGUCUUUAACCAUUUCAAUGUAAUGCCAAUUAAGCCAAAUUCGUAUUUAAGGCUAAGUUUUUCUUAAGCUGCAAGAAUUCUGUGUAAUAGAAAUAAAAUAAAAAAUUUGAAAAUGUUAAGAAAAAUGUAUGAAAAAUGCCAAGUAAACGAGGGACACCAGUGGGGCAUUCAACGAGAUCGACAGCAACAUGAGUAAAACGACAUCAGAAACUGCCAACUGUCAGUAAAAUGGUAGCAGCCUGCAAAAGCACCCGCAGCGAAGACUGAAUCACAACAAACAAAAACUAAAAACUAAAAAUCGAAAAUAAAUAAAUAAAUAUAGAUAAACAACAGCACUCCCUAGAGUUUAAAUUGCAGUCCGAUUUGCCGUCGGCUUAAUUACGCAAUUAAAUUAUACAUUUCGAUUGCCAUUUGAGGUGGCCAAAAGUUCAGAGAUCCCCGUAGGAAUCUAAUGCCAGCCAACAGGAGACAACGAAAUAUAUUCUGAUUAUAGCUUUUUGGGGCAUCAGCCACACCAUGUGCCAUGGAGAGCCUGGGCCUGGGCAGCAGACGCAACAAUGGCAGCAACUCGACGGCCGCCCCAGCAACGGGCCAGGGCGGCGUGGUCGGCGGCGGGGGCGUGGCCGGCAAGGUUUUGGUCCAUACAAAGUCCAUAAAGCAGCAACAGCAGCAGCAGCAUUCGAAUCAGAAUUACUACACGCAGCAGCAAACGCAAUUGCAGCGACUCAAGCACCAGCAACAGAAGUUGCAACAACAGCAACAGCAGCAGCAGCAACAGCAAUUGGAGGCGGUGCACGGAGGCGUGGCUAAGCAUUGCCUGCAAUUUCCACCACCACCGGACUAUCCACCACCCACCGGUGGUAGUUCCCCGGGCAAUACCCCAGGCAGGCGGCAGCUAUUGCCGAGAUAUCCCGAUCCAGAUCCGGAUGCCAUCGAAAUUUGCAAUGAGUCGUCGGCUCUGGAGACAUCGCCACAUCAUCUCAAGCAGCUGGCGGCGCGGCAUAGCAAGAGCCUGGGCAGGAACCUAGGCCACCAGCAGCAGCAGCAGCAGCAGCAGCAUCAUCACACAGUUCACCUGCAUCAUGACUACUCGUAUGCCUACUACGAGCCCGGUGCUGCCAUGAGGCACUCCAAUGUGCCGGGGGCCGGCUGCUCUGCCGGAGGAGCAGUCGCUGGAGUAGGAGCUGGAGCUUCAUCGGUGAUGGCCAGCACCUCGUCAGCCUCAUCUUCAACCGCCGAGCCACCGCCGAACUCCAUAAGAGCCCUGCUCUCCAAGGGCAAGAAGAACAAGCAGCUCGUAAGCCCCGCCACCUUGCAAUCCUACCAGACGCGCUACCACAAGCUGACGACCAAGGUGGGUCUGGGCCAGAGCGAGAACUUCUACGAGGAGAUCAAUGCAGCUGCCCUGCAGACCAACAGUGGUAAUCAUCUGCGCAGUACAGUGGGCUCUCAUUCAGCGGGUUCCUUGAAUCAAACGCUGGUCGAGGAGGAACUGCGUCGCGUCCAGAACAGGCAUCACAAGAUAUUGGGUGAACUGAAUCUCAGUGUGGAGGCCAUGCUGAUGCCAGAGAGUCCGCCCAAGUCCAUGGAUCAGUCACAAGGUGGCAGCGGGGGCUCUGGAGGAUCGUGUGGCUCCGGUGGAUCCGAAAUCUCGCCACCCCAGCCAAGUGUUAGUGUAACGGCAGCCAGUGGCCAGCCGCCGACGAUCUUGGCCCGACUGACCUCCGCCUCGGCGGACAACAUCUGUGAUAGCGGUGGCGUUGGCGUCGGCGUUGGCGGGAGUGAGACGGGGAAAAGGACCAAAGGAGCUCCUGGUGUGGAGCAGCUACUGACCACCAAUUGCGGCGACUUGGACAGCGGCUUUAGCGGCAGCAGCGGCGCCAGUUACAUUGGCAGUCUUCGGCUAAGCAAGACGCAGCACAUCAAGUGCGCCCGCCAAACGCCCACAGUGGGCACUCAAAGUUGUCGUUCGUUCCAGCGAGCGGCCACUGUAUACGAUGAGGCUGGGAUGUCCAGUGGUGGUGGCCAAAGCGGCAGUGGCAGUAGCUUCCUCACUCGAGCCUCCUGUGGCCGCCGGAUUCUCAGCUGCGCCAGGAUACGAGCAGCCGAGGAUCCCGGACCCAAUCAUCGGAUGGGUGGGAGUGGUAAUGGCAUUCAAACGGUUCAAAGUACCGCCACAGAGUCGAAGGCGCGCAGCUUCUGGAGUCGCAAGGGAUGGCGAAAACUGCCCGGGUUCUCCACCUCAACAUCGAGUAUCAAUGAUACGGGCUUAUCAGAUGAACACAAACUGAACUCUGGCUCAUGGGAGGACACCUUGGACGAGCCGAACCACCACCACCACGCCCACCACACGCACCACCAGCAUCACUCGCACCUCAGUCAGCGGCCACAUCAGCACAACCAGCAGCAUCACCAGCAGCAGCAGCAGCAGACUUCGUUCAUUGGAUCACCGCCAUCUAGUGCUAGCAUCACCACAGCCCAGUUGCAUAGUGCGUUUAGCCGGCGGAUUGCUGAGCAGCGGGAGCGGGAUCAGCGUGAUCAGAGGGAUCAGCGGGACGCAGCGGGCUGCACCGCAGCCACAAUUGCCGGCGGAAGCUUCAGCGCCAACGGUGGCCAGGCUGCCGUUGGUGUCGGCGUUGGCAGUAGCAGUAGCUGCGGCAGCAGCAGCGAACGGGACACCAAAUCGCCCUGCCGCGAACGAGAUCGGAAUCUCGACCGGGACAGGGAUCGUGAAAGGGAACGGGAACGGGAGAAGAACGAAGAACAAGCCGAGGAGGAGGUUCUCACCGAGGAGGAGCAGACCAGCAGCAGCGUGAGUUCGCUAAGCGCCGGCAAUCAACGCAAUUCCCAAUUGCGUUCAACCUUCAACAAGGCCAAGCAGCAUUUGUCGUUUGACAAAUGGCGCACGGCCGCCACCGGAAGCGCAACAGGUUCCGCAUCCGCCACCGCUCCGGGAUCAUCAUCAUCCACUGAGAACAAUAACGCCGCCAGCAACAUGAUUAUGCGCAGAGCGAGUGCCUGCACGAUGCCAUCGAAUGGCGGAGGAGGUGGAGGAUCUGGUGGUGGGUCUCAGCGGGAUGAGGCCACCACACCGGGUGAAUCGCCCGGGGGACGUUUGUCUCGCUGGUUCUCAAUCAGGCGCGGUUCGUCGCAUCAGUACGAUGUGGGAGGACGUGAUGGACGCCAUUCGACAGCCUCCAGUUUCGAUACGCCCGAUUCGGCUUCGGGUAAUUCGCAAAACACGGGCAAAAAUGGCUCUGGCUCCGGGUCGGGAACCGGCGGAGUAGCCCUAGGAGCAGCGCUGGACGCCGCUUCGCCACAAAAAUUGGCCAAUUUGGGAGCCAGUAAAAUGAUGCCCGGAGUGCCAGAGUCGGAGGAUGACGAGGCCACCGCGAAUCGUUUUGAUAUGGACCUGAUGAUGACGCCGGGGAGUCGGGCCAAUGGAACAGCUCGUACCGCCCAUAAUCGGUUGAUUGUCCCCAUGCUGCCGCCCGCCCCCGCCGGUUUGUCCCAGCAGCAGCUGAAGAGGCGCCACAUUGUGGCAGCCAUCGUGCACAGUGAGAACUCGUAUGUGGCCACCCUGCAGCGACUAGUCAAUGAUUACAAGAAACCGCUGGAGGAGUGCAGUCCGCCGGUGCUGAAUCCGGUCAAGAUAGCCACCCUGUUCCAUUGCCUGCCGGACAUCCUUCAUUCGCACAAGCUGUUCCGCAUUUCGUUGGCCGAGUGCGUCCGGAAUUGGGAUCGCGAUGAGAAGAUUGGCGAUUGCUUUGUGAACGCCUUUGGGAAGCCACAGCUCCUGGAGAUCUAUUCUGGUUUCAUCAAUAACUUCUCCGCGGCCAUGGAGUUGGCCAAAAUGGAGGAGAAACGCAAAUCGGCACUGGCCGACUUCUUUAAGGUCAAACAGAUCAGUGCCCAUGAUCGAUUGUCGUUCUUUGGCCUGAUGGUAAAGCCAGUGCAGCGUUUCCCCCAGUUCAUACUCUUCCUGCAGGAUCUAUUGAAGUACACGCCGCAGGGCCACCACGAUCGGAUGUCACUGCAGUUGGCCUUGUCGCAGCUGGAACUGCUGGCGGAGCUGCUCAACGAAAGCAAACGGGAGGCGGAGCAGUACCAGGCAUUCAAGGAGAUGCUUGGCCAUAUCUCGGGCACCUUCAAUGCCCGAUCCCUUAGCUUGAGUAGCGUCAGUGUCAGCGAUUCAGCCGGUGGCAAUCGGCCGAGGUACUUACUCCGCGAGGACAAUGUCACCCACAUGGAGUUCAAUCAGGCCGGGUUCAUUGUCAAAUGCAAACAACGUCGUCUGCUCCUGCUCAACGAUAAGGUCAUCUGUGUGUCGGUGGCGCCCAAGCAAUCCCACGAUUUCGGAGCCACCGAGAAGCUAACCUUCAAAUGGAUGUUCCCGGUGAACGAUGUCGAGAUCGUGGACAACAGCACGUCGGCUACGCUCUCGAGGAUUCUCACAGCGGGUCUUAACCGUGGCGGUAGCUUGAAGUCGAAUGGCAGCAGCGGGGCCAAUGGCAGUCCAUAUGCCAACAGCACCCUACCAGGUCAUGGUGGCUCCUCAGGCUUCAGCGGCUACGGGGAUCCGCACAGCUCGCCAGCUGCCCAACUGACCAACGGGGCAGAUAAUCUGUGCAGCGAGAUGAGCACCCUGAUGUACGACUAUGAGGUGAUCUCCCGCAUCCAGGAUCUGGUGUCCAGCUUGAAGGGCAGCUACAAGGAACUGAACGCCAAUACCACACGCAACGUGCUCAAUCUCAUUCAGGGCUCCAUUCAGCGUAAGGAUGAGGAGAUGGCCUGGGUGGAUUCCUGCUGUCUGCAGCUCACUGGACGCCACAAGUCCGGCAAGGAGGAGACCUUCACAUUCCAGACGCAAACGCCGUCGGUGAAGAAGGAAUGGAUCACGGAGCUGCGUCUGGCCCAGCUGGCUCUCGAUCCGAACAAUUCACCGGCCUGGGAACGUGGUGGCUCUCAUCCGCAGCCUGCCCAUCAUCAUCAUCAUACGCUGCAGCAUCCGCACACGGGAGCGGGGGAUCCCCGCCAGACGCAGGAGCAACUGCAGCUGCAGGAAGCCGUCCAGCAAAAGCAGUCGCGCAAAAUGCCACUCUUUGUCAAGGCGAUGCCUGUCUACAAGUCACAGCAUCAAACCGAGGUGCGCUGUGGAUGUUACUACAGCAUCGCCAAUGACACCAAGCAGAGCGGAAAUGCGCGACGCCGGCACAAGCAGCUGAAUUACCUGUGGAUGUGCAGCAGCGACGGAACCUCCUCGCACAUCACCGUUCUGGCCCAGCAUCCUCAGCAAGCGGGCAAUCUCCGCGAGGCUGGUUCCUUUGAUCUCUUCGAAACGCAGGUCUCUGCCUUGGAAUUUGUCAAGGGAUUGGAUCAGUUGAGGACACGCGAUGAGCCGGCCAGUCUGCUGGGCGAUCUGGUUUGGCUGGGCACGGAUAGUCGUAAGAUUCUGGUCUACUCUGCUAGGAAUCCAGAGCAGGAAGAGCAACUAGGCAGCUAUUCUGUACCGGGAGCAGUGCAGCGGAUUCUCUACCACUUCGAUGCCGUCUACGUGGCCCUGUCAGGGGCCACGGUGUUGAUCUUCCGACGUGGAAACGAUGGUGUUUGGCAGCUGAGGGAUCCACAGAUCAUCCGUUUGGGAGAUUCCGAUCUAAUAGUGCCCAGUCUGCUGCCGAUCAACAUGUGCAUCUACGCCUCGUGCGGCAACCGGGUGUACGUGAUGAACGCCCUGAAUGGCGAGAUCCAGCGUAGCUUCGAGGUGCAGCACGGAGCCAGUCAGCAGGUGAAUCUGAUGGCCCACUCGGGUAUUGGUCUGUGGAUAUCGCUGAAGAACUCCACAAUGCUGUGCCUGUACCACACGGAGACGUUUAAGCACCUGCAGGACAUCAACAUAGCCUCCAGUGUCCUGCGGCACGAUGGCAAAAAGGAGCAGCCGCUGAACAACAGCUCGGUGUAUGUGACCGCUUUGAUGGCCUGCAAGGGACUACUGUGGGUCGGCACCAAUGUGGGCAUUGCGGUGACCAUUCCGCUGCCCCGACUGGAGGGCGUGCCCAUCAUUAGCGGUGGCAUUAACAUGUCCUGCCAUGCGCAUUUUGGACCUAUCACCUUCCUGCUACCAUUGAUCCCGAAGGUUUAUCCCGCCUACAAGCCACCGCCCGUGGGUGCAGCUCCGCUGGUGCCCAGCAUGGGCGAUGACCUCCAGCUGCCGGCCAUCGAUGCGGAUCCCAAGAUCCAGGAACUGGACGAUGGUGCUGUAGUUCUGCGACGCGAUUUGGUCAAGGAGGAAGUGGCUGCCACCAAUCACGGUGUAGAUUCGACGGCCUCAUCACCGCGCAGCUCCAAGCUGGAUAAGCAGAACUCCUUGGAUCAGAGCCUAACAGCCAAAAUCCGCGCCUCGCUGGCUAAUUCACCAGCGUUCCACCGCAAACGGUUCCGCGAUGAUCCCAAUAGAAUGUCCAAAACUCUACCCCGUGGCCUGGGAGCCACUGCAGCCGGCGGUGGAGGAGGUGUAGGAACCGUAGCUGUGAGCACAGGAACUGCAAGUGGAAAUACCUCGCAGCAUGGCGAGCACGGCAUCUGCGAUGUUUACGGCCUGUAUGGCAAGCUGAUAUUUGUGAAGGAAGACUACGAUGCCGAGGACGGUAACCAGGGCAACCUUAUGGACAUGAUGUACGAGGGAAUGCGACGAUCGGAUCCCGAAUUGGCAGCUAUACCCGGCAAGGUGUGCACCCUGGACAGACGUUUGCGGAUGAAGGCCUCGCGUCCGAGAUCACUGGACCUAUCCAACUGGUCGGUGGACUCCAAGUCCUCCAGCCUGUACACGUCGUCGGGCAGCGAAGAGAGCAUGGGCAUCCGGCACUUUGGCGGACGAUCCGUGUCCCGCAACAGCAGCAGUGCCAGCCACAAGACCUCCGGCACGGGCAGUGAUCUGGGCAACAUAUCCGAGAAUGGCCUGAUGACCACAGCGGAUAUCCAUCACCAUCAGCAGCAGCAACAGCAGCUGAAUAGCUCAGCCAAGCCGGAGGAAAUGAGCAGGCUGGGUACAGUGAAUCAGGGACUGGACAAGCCCGCCGCUGCGGUGGCCACAUUGAAGCGGAAACAGAAGCAGAACACCAAGCAGCAGCAGCAACAGAACGCCGAUGGACCAAGGACAGUGAUUACCCUGAUGGGUGGACGAGGCUAUUGGCGUCAGAUGUGGUACAACGGGGCGGGUGGUUCGCCCAGCCAUAAGAACAGCAGUUCCGGCGGUGGUGGUGGCAGUGGAUCCAACUCUAGUGGCCAAACGAUGCAGUCGGGCAAUCCCAGCUGCUCUCCGCUAACGGCCAACUCCAAUGACGCCCACAUCGUGGUGUGGGAGAAGAAGUUAUAAUCGCAGGAGCUGGUGUGCUGCUGCACCCUUCAGCAGCAUCCCCACCAGCACCAUCCGCCGCUCACCGAGCUGUGGCGCCGUGUGGGCGAGCACCAUCAGCAGCAACAGCAAUUGCAACAGAUGCAACGCCGUGGACGUGGACGCGUUCGGUUCCGUGGCUCCUUCAUUCAGCGAGAUCGCAGUGCCGGCCACGAUGGAGGAUCGGGAAGCGGCGGUGGAGGAACUGGAGGAUCGGGUGGCAUGUUGGGUGCCAGUCUAAAGCGACUGACCAAACUGAAGCGCGGCGGCAGCCUCAAGGAGUUCUAGAUUCGCGUGUACAUUGUUUUUCGAAAUUUAGUUAGUAGCUCGUAGGAUUACGUUUAGGCACAAAUCACGGCGGCCACCCACAUCCCUUGAUUUCUUUUUGCGUUUGCUGUAAGAGGAAAAUUUCGAAUAUAUUUAUUAGCGGCCCUGUGGGCAUUUCCAAACCAAUUCGGAGGUUCUAUUAGCUCAUUCAUUUCUUUCUAAUAAAAUCAUUUAAAAUCUUAAAUUAAAAAUUCAAUUAACAACUGUCAAAAUUUCGCAAUUUCGCAAGUAAAACUUUCAAAGUUUUAAGCUCAAAAAUCAUUAUAAAGUUUAAAUAUUUUCAAAAUUCUCUCUUUCUCUUUAUAUUUCUUUGUUAAAAAACCAAAAUCAUUGAAAAUCAAAGUUAAAUUAAGUUCAUUUCGCAAUUCAUUCAAAAUCCAUGUGAAAAAUUCAGCAAACUUUCUCGGAAAAGCUAAGUUUGACUCUGAUUUGGAACCGGAAUUGGUCACAGGGGUGUAUAAACAGCGAAUGUUUCUGGUUUUCUUGAUUUAUGUAGAAUCCUAGAGCUUAGUCAGCUUUUUCUCAAACUCGAACAGCCAACUAUCUCCCUGCGUUCUCUAUUCAUGCGUUAGAAUGUGAAACUUAGCCCCUAGAGAAAUGUUUUUUUUUUCAUCGUAUGUAGUUCAUAACUGAAUAUCCAAAUAUACAAGUGUUUUUUUUUCGCUAGUUCUUUAAGGAUAAUAUGUUACUUAGGCUAUAGGACUAGGUUGAUAAGAGAUAAGAGCACACACACACACACACACUCACACACACACAAGAGAGCGGCCAAGCCAACAAGCUAAAGGGAAAUAAUGUUGUCUGUACAAUAAGAGAUCAAAAAAGCGAAAAUUAAUUGUUAAAAUAUUUGGGAAACUGUCACGAAGAAGUAGGCCUUUUGGAAGGUGUAUAUCCAUGACCAUGAAAGAUUUCCCCUCUUUGGUUUUUCUUUCAUUCUGUUAACCCUUUCGAAGUGGAAACUCUGAGCAGCUGGCAGCACUUUCCUUAUGUAUGUAUUAUAUAACGAACCUAGAAUUAAUCGUAUUCCCCAUUAUUAUGGAUAAAAACCAAUUUGUAGUACUCUAAUGCCUGUAUUUGUGAACAUUUACAAAACAUUUGCAAACAAGAAAUAAUAUUAAAAACAAAAAACAAAA